ACCCAGUUCGCCCGCGCGGUCUCUGCUCUCACUGCGGCUCCCCGGCUCGGUUCGUUUCCGCUCCGGGCCGAGCCUGCCCUGCGUCCGCACCGGAGCCGGUGUGUCGUCUCGUUGUUCUCCGUGCAUGUGGACCGGGCGCGCCGCGCAACAUCGUCGUUCAUGAGCGGACUGGUGCUGUGCUGCGCGAUGUACAUGGACAGAAGCAGCCUGAGCACAGGUCCCUCCUCGAGUCCUAGCCUGCCGGCUAAGGGUCUCUCUCUGGAGCCUCCCUGUGGCCACCAGGGUGCGCUGGGCGCCGAUGCCCCCCAGCAGGCCACCUGCUCCUCAUCAGGCCCCGCCUCCCUGGAAGGCGGGGCUUCUUCAGGAGAGCUACAGGAGGUCAACGAGACGGGACCGCCGCAGCUGGCGACGUGCACCCUGACACCGGCGAGUAGGAGGCGGCCUAAUGCACUGGGACCAAAGCCUCAAGUCCCGCCCAAGCCCCCUCACCUCCAGCAGCAGGCGGGGGCCUUGAGGUCGCGACUUCGUGCUCCGGACAAGCCCCUCCCGCCUCCCCCACCAUGUAGGCCUCUCCCGACGGACCCUCGAGGGUGCCGGACCCCGCCGCCCCGCCUCGAUGACCACGCAUCCCCCACCUGCGUGCUGUCGCUUAUCGAGAAGUUUGAGCGCGAGCAGAUCAUCAUGGUUCCUGACAUCACCGGGGGGGCUCUGUGUCCCCGCCCCCUCGACCCCGCCUCUUCCCGACCCUCGUCCCCACCGUCAUCCGCCCUUCCCCCAACCGAGGCGGAGGAGGAAGUCGUGCUGCAGGAAGAGGAGGAUCCGGCCCAGGAGGCGAGGCCAGAGGUGCCCUCAGAGAAAGACCUGGAAGACGAGCUCAGGGAGCGUCCGCCUGUGGACCAAUCAGAAGCCCCGCCCGGGCGUCUGUCCCUCCCAUCCUCGCAGACGGACGGCAAGCUGGCCAACCGCGACAGCGGCAUUGACAGCAUCAGCUCGCCGUCGCACAGCGAGGAGCUCUGCUUUGUGGGUGUGGAUGAGGUGGGCGGGGCUUACCCCUGCACCCUCCCCCGCCUCUCCAGCUCGUCCUCAUACGCUGGCGAGGAGGGCGGGGCCAGGAGGCGGGACUUCUCGGAGGACGCUGACAGCGACCUGGAGGAGGAAGAGGAGACGGAGCUAACGCUGGUGCUCCCGCCUGCACGACAAGACUUGGCGGAGCUGUCUGUCCAGCAGAGGGUGUUCCACAUCGCCAACGAGCUCCUUCACACCGAGAUCUCCUACGUGUCCAAGCUGCACCUCCUGGACCAGGUCUUCUGUGCCAGGCUCCUGGAGGAGGCGCGCUCACGCUCGUCCUUCCCCUGCGACGUGGUCCAUGGGAUCUUCUCCAACAUCUGCUCCAUCCAUUGCUUCCACCAGCAGUUCCUCCUGCCCGCCCUGCAGAAGCGCAUGGAGGAGUGGGACUCGAACCCGCGCAUCGGGGACAUCCUGCAGAAGCUGGCGCCCUUCCUGAAGAUGUACGGCGAGUACGUGAAGAACUUUGACCAUGCCAUGGAGCUGCUCAACACCUGGAUGGAGAGGUCGGCUCAGUUCAAGAGCAUCAUCCACGGCAUCCAGAGGGACGAGCGCUGCGCCAACCUGACGCUGCAACAUCACAUGUUGGAGCCGGUCCAAAGAAUUCCUCGUUACGAACUCCUGCUCAAAGAUUACCUUCACCGCCUGCCUGACGACGCCCCCGACUACAAGGACGCUCAGAAGUCCCUGGAGCUGAUCGCCACGGCAGCAGAGCAUUCCAACGCCGCCAUCAGGAAGAUGGAGCGAAUGAGGAAGCUGCUGAAAGUCUACGAGCUGCUGGGUGGGGAGGAAGACAUCGUUAACCCCGCUAACGAGCUCAUCAAGGAGGGACACAUCCUCAAACUGUCCAAUAAGAACGGCACAUCGCAGGACCGCUACCUCAUCUUGUUCAAUGACCGGCUGCUCUACUGCGUUCCCAAGCUGCGUCUGAUUGGCCAGAAGUAUGGCGUCCGCGCUCGCAUCGACGUGGACGGCAUGGAGCUGAAGGAGAUGAGCAGCGCGGCGGCUCCUCUGACCUUCCUGGUGUCGGGCAAGCAGCGCUCGCUGGAGCUGCAGGCCAGGACAGAAGAGGACAAGAAGGACUGGAUCCACGCCAUCCAGGCCACCAUCCACAGACACGAGCACACCAUGGACACCUUCCGCCAGCUGACUUCUUCCCUGCGUGAUGAUGAGGCCACGCCCCCUCACUCCCCGAGCUGCGCUGAGCUAGGCAAGCGAGCGCCGACGCCGAUCCGCGAGAAGGAAGUGACGCUGUGCAUGAAGUGUCAGGAGGCCUUCAACGCCAUCACCAAGCGGCGCCAUCACUGCAAGGCCUGCGGUCACGUGGUUUGCGGCAAGUGCUCCGAGUUCCGUGCCCGCCUUUCGUACGACAACAACCGCACCAACCGCGUGUGCGUGGACUGCUACGCCAUGCUGGUGGGCGUGUCCCCCACCCCAUCCGUCAUGGCCGGCCCCGGCUUGAGGAGACGCUCCAUCCUGGAGAAACAAGCCUCGCUGGCGGCCGAGAACAGCGUCAUGUGCAGUUUCCUGCACCACAUGGAGAAAGGAGGGGGGCGGGGCUGGCAGAAGGCGUGGUUUGUCAUUCCUGAAAACGAGCCGCUGGUGCUCUACAUCUACGGCGCCCCUCAGGACGUGAAGGCGCAGCGCAGCGUUCCCCUCAUCGGCUUCGAAGUGUCGCUUCCGGAGUCAUGUGACCGCCUGGAGCGUCGGCACACCUUCAAGAUCUGCCAGAGUCACCUGACGCUCUACUUCAGUGCAGAGGGGGAGGAGCUUCAGCGCCGCUGGAUGGACGUGUUGUCGAGGGCCGGCAAGGGGGAGGAGCCUCUGGCCCACCGGCUAAUCGUGGAGGAGGAGGAGGGGGAGGAGGAAGAGCCGGCGAGGCAGGUGGAAGUUGACAACACGUGAUUUGAUUGGACAAGGAGUGGUGCUGGGGGCGGGGCCAUUUCACGUGCAUGACUGCGGAGACAAAAUGGCUGCCACAUGACCCGACUGAAAGCACAAUCAUCGUCGUCGUAAUCCUGGCGCCAUUUUUGUUCGGAUGACCCGAGCCAGAGGCUCCGCCCAUCUUCUAUCCUGCAAGACCGCCCUUUGGUGCGGGCGGCAAUGCAGGUCAAAGGUCAAACCUCCUUCAUAACCCUCAAAGUGUCGUCCCACAGCAGGCCUUGCUCAGAGGUCCUCUGCUGGCAGAGUGCGGUACUGCACACGUUAUUGCUGAGUCAGUAAAUUAUUUUUGAUAUAUUAGGACUCCCAGACUUGCCUCCUCAUCUUUUCUUCUCUAGAAGGAGAACUCAAGUUGAAGAAUGGGUGGGACAAAAAGUUCAAACAGCAACACCAGCGCUGGAGAGACAACCAUUCUCCAAAAUGGACGCCCUCCUUGGCUGCUUUGAACGAAACUGAAAGUUAACUUGGCAUUUUUCUCCCUCAAGGAGACACAAGGUGUGUGCGUGCAGAGAGGAACACAUGCCAGCAGGACCAAAGUCAGGGACUUCUUAAACUUUCAAUU